AUGCGGCUGGUGCGCUUUUGGGGGGCAGAACGGGGGGGGGCGCUGCCUCCCGGGGGGGCUCAGCGGACCCCAAAAAGGUGUCCCCAGGUGUCCCCAGCCGCUGACCCAGGUGUGUCUCCCAGCCGCACAGGUGAGUGCCGCCCCGUGUGCCGCCAGGGCUGCGCCAACGGUACCUGCGUGGAGCCCGACAGGUGUCGCUGUCACUUCGGCUUCGUGGGCAACACCUGCGCCACGCCCUGCGCCUGUAACGGCCACAGCGACUGUGCGGGACCGGCCGCGCGCCACACCUGCCUCAGGUGUAUGAACAACACACAGGGCCCGCAGUGCCAGCAGUGCCGGCCGCUGUUCGUUGGCUCCGCCCUCGGGGGCGGGACCUGUCUCACCUGUCGCAGCUUCUGCCGGAACCGCGCCCAGGUGUGCCUGAGCCGCGCCCAGCUGGAGCAACACCGCGCAGACCCCCGCAGGUACCCCCUGGAGCCACACCUGAUCCACACCUGGGUGUCGGAGGGUCCCAGCGAGGCCGAGGCCGUGUGCGUGAACUGCCAGAACAACAGCGUGGGGGACAGGUGUGACACCUGCCGGGCGGGGUUCUUCAUGCUGGACGGGACCUGCACCAGGUGA